UAUGAUUGCGUGACGUAAUUGUCUUCUCCGCUGCUUCCAACCCGCUGCCGCUGCCCCCGCCGCCGCCGCCUCCUGCAGCUCCUCCUGUUCCUACUCCCUGUCUUCACGCCUGUUCAUAGUUUGGAGUCGGUUUGAGACACGAGGAGUCCUAACGGCGGAGAGAUGAACAGCGAAAACUUCACCCUGAGUGAGAAGAUAGUGUCGCCCUCCUACAUUCGACAGGGUUCUCAGGCGCGUCGGAGCCAUGAGCAGCUCAUCAGACACUUACUGGAGCAGGGUAAGUGUCCAGAGGAAGGAUGGAGUGAGAGCACCAUAGAGCUCUUCCUGAAUGAGCUGGCUGUGAUGGACAGCAAUAACUUCCUUGGCAACUGUGGAGUAGGGGAGAGGGAGGGUCGGGUGGCAUCCAGCCUUGUGGCAAGACGACAUUACAGGUUGAUCCAUGGCAUUGGUCGGUCAGGUGACAUUGCUGCUAUUCAGCCCAAAGCCGCAGGAUCCAGCCUGCUUAACAAGCUGACCAACUCAGUCGUGUUGGAUAUCUUAAAGCUUGCAGGUGUGCGGAGUGUGGCCAGCUGCUUUGUUGUUCCCAUGGCAACAGGAAUGAGCUUGACUCUGUGCUUCCUGACCCUUCGUCAUCGGAGGCCCAAGGCUCGCUACAUCAUUUGGCCUCGCAUCGACCAGAAGUCCUGUUUCAAAGCCAUGAUCACAGCAGGUUUUGAACCAGUGGUGAUGGAGAAUGUUCUCGAAGGCGAUGAGUUGCGGACCGACUUGGAAGCGGUCGAGCGCAAGAUCGACGAGCUUGGAGCUGAGAACAUCCUGUGUGUUCAUUCAACAACGUCCUGCUUUGCCCCACGAGUCCCUGACAGGCUUGAGGAGCUGGCUACUCUAUGUGCCAAACAUAACAUUCCCCAUAUAGUUAAUAAUGCAUACGGUGUGCAGUCAUCCAAAUGCAUGCACCUUAUUCAACAGGGGGCCCGUGUUGGAAGAAUAGAUGCCUUUGUGCAGAGCUUGGACAAGAACUUCAUGGUUCCAGUAGGUGGCGCCAUAAUCGCAGGUUUUGAUGAGUCCUUCAUACAGGAGAUAAGUAAGAUGUACCCAGGUCGAGCAUCAGCUUCACCCUCCCUUGACGUCCUCAUUACCCUUCUUAGCCUGGGAGCCAGCGGCUACAAGAAACUCCUGUCAGAAAGAAAGGAGAUUUAUUUGUUCCUGGCUCAGGAGCUGAAGAGUCUGGCCUCUGCACACGGGGAGCGAUUGCUUCACACCCCACAUAACCCCAUUUCACUGGCCAUGUCUUUGGAUUGUCUCCAGGCUGAGAACGAAAAGGCAGUGACUCAGCUGGGCUCCAUGUUGUUCACCCGGCAAGUGUCAGGAGCCAGGGUAAUACCACUGGGAAAGGAGCAGACCAUAAGUGGACACACGUUCCGUGGCUUUAUGUCACACUCUGAGGUAUACCCCUGCCCCUACCUCAAUGCUGCCUCAGCUGUGGGCAUCACGCGAGAGGAUGUUACACUGUGCAUCAAACGGCUUGACAAGUGCCUGAAGACUCUGAAGAAAGAGUUAAACACAGCUAAAAGUAGCUCCCCAGUACCUCCGUCGAGACAGGAGGACACUGCAGGGGAGUGAUUUUUACGUAGUUUGAGCCCUCUGCUGCCUGCACUUACUACUUACCUGAUUUGAACUGUGUGUGUGUGUGUGUGUGUGUGUUUGUGUUUGAAUGGCACUUAAAGGCUGAUUAUCAAGCCAGGCUCUGUAAUAAGGUCUAAGACAUGAGCUCAGUACCGACAGCUGGCGAUGAAACUGUGUGCAGGUGUUCAUUACAAACAAAAAUGACACAAGCUGAUGUCACUGAUUAAUUCCAUCCUCUGUGAAGGUGUGCUAAUUAGGAGAUAUUGUACAGACAUAAUCUGCAUACAAAUGCAUCUCAGGAGCAUAUGGUCAUAUGCCACUGAUCUAAAGUUAGACCAAAGCGUCUGCAAAGACGUCAAGAAGGCGUUAAUUUAUUAUUAAUUUUGGACUCAAAAUAUAUUAUCAUUUACAAUGGU